UGCGCCCCGAAAGCCUCGUCUUCGACAGAUGCGCAGAGAGCUAUGGCUGCGGUUUUCUUGUCAUGGCUCUGCUUAGCCUCGACGUUCGCUGUUGCAACGGCAGCCAGUCCUGGACUAAAGUACAUCAUGCAGCACAAUGUAGUACCAGAGCGGUUGCUAGUUGCAAACAUCACCGAAGUUGCUCUUGCUUUCAUGCGCUCAGAUACUUUCAACGUCCCAGAUCAGCAUGAGUGGCCGCUCUUCACUAGUAUCGACGAAGUUCGACCCAAGUUCCCUGCAGGUACCAUCAUCCAAAUUGCAAUCGGCGGAUGGGGAGACACAGAUGGUUUUUCAAAGGCGGCCAAGACCGAAGAAAGCCGGAAGCUAUUUGCUAGCAAUGUCAAAGCAAUGCUUGACGCGACAGGCGCUGACGGUAUUGACGUAGAUUGGGAGUACCCAGGCGGCAACGGCGAAGACUACAAAACACCUGACCACCUCAACACUGACAAAGCUUGGGAAAUUGAUGCGUAUCCUAAAUUUCUCGCCGAAAUCCGUUCUGCCAUAGGCCCAGAGAAGACCAUCUCAGCAGCUGUCCCCGGUCUGCCACGCGACAUGCUCGCUUUCACCCCUUUUAAUGUCCCCGCCAUCAUGGAGGCGGUCGACUAUCUGAACAUUAUGACAUACGACCUGUUCAACCGUCGCGAUAACGUGACAAAGCAUCAUACCGGUAUCCAGAACUCUCUCGAAGCCAUAGACGCGUACCUCGAUGCCGGAGUACCGCCCGAGAAAGCAAAUCUUGGGUUGGCAUUCUACAUCAAAUGGUACAAGACAGCUGUCAACUCAACGUGCGAUAUCAAGCCCAUCGGCUGUGCGACUGAACUCAUGGAAGACCCCGUUACAGGCGCCGAUCUAGGCAAAGCUGGUGCAUUCUCGUGGCAUGAUGCCGUUCCUGAAGAGCUCUCUGCAUCAUACGAACGCGCAAUGGAGAGAGGUGUUUACGACGACGUUGGUGGUGGACACUACUACUGGGAUGCUGAAGAGAACUUGUUCUGGACUUGGGAUACGCCUGAGGCUAUCAAGCGGAAGGUGCAGGUCAUCAUGAAAGACAAGGGUCUCGGAGGUGUUUUUGCAUGGGGCCUGGGUGAGGAUGCACCAGCAUUUGAGCAUUUGAAGGCGAGUAAUGAGGCGGUCCGGGCGCUGGGAACAGAGGAUAGCGAGAGACAAGCUCGUGGUGAAAGGAAUGAGCUGUACAGCAAUGCCGAAAUGGAAAUCUUUCCGGACGCCACGCCAACGAUGCCGAAUAUCUGCGAAGUCCAGUUCAGCAGGAUGGCUCUUGUCAGAUUAUCCAUUCCGCGCUUCUCCACAUCCCAGAUGUGCUGGCAGCCGCCGCGAUUGGCAUACAACUCGCUCACUAUGCCGGGUGCACCUUGCCUGUUUAAGCGAGAGUCCGAGCCGUGGACUACUGGACCGAGCCGCUUCACUAUUUCAAGGACUUCUCACGCCUCCCGGCUUGCGACCAAGCUCGUUACCAAAUCACGACCUUGCACAACCUCGAAGAUGACGUCGCAAGCCGAUCCUCAGGCUCUUAUUGAGCAGCUGCAGCUGCUGAACGCUGAUCCCAGCGCUUACUUUAAGAACGAUGCGCAGAAACGUGACUUCCAGAAGUCCGUUCGGCAGGCGGAGACUGCGGUGGAGGAGCCGUUUGAGACUAUGCAGCGAUUGGUAUAUGGCCCGCUACCCCUUGUUACGGCACGCAUUGGCCAAGAUCGAGGCAUCUUCGAAGCACUUGCGAAGAGUCAAGAUGGAGUACAGCUUGAUGUUCUCGCUCAAGCGAGUGGGCUCCAGAAAGGUGUCCUCGAGGCUGUACUGGAUUACAUGUGCACGAAGGGUAUGGGCGUUGAAGUCGCACCAGGAACAUACAAGGCCACGCCACUGACACAUAUGUUGCUUGUGCCGUUGUUCAAAGAUGCCGUAACUCAUUUUCAUGACAAUUGUGCUCCUGCUUUUACAGCUCUUAACCAAGCCCUGGUGGCCCAAAAAGCAAAUAAGACCGCGUUUCAGCUGGGACAGCAUAGCAAUGAAGAUUUCUAUACAUGGAUGGAAACGCAUCCGAUCCAACAAGGCGCUUUUCACCGCUUCAUGGAAGCCCAGUUUGCCAGUCUCCCGACAUGGCUAGAUGUAAUCUCAUUCAACACUGAGAUCGCCAAGGGUGUAAGCGCGGAGGAUGUGGUAUUUGUUGAUGUUGGUGGCGGCAACGGAUCGCAAUGCGCAGCGCUGAAGAAAGCUUUUCCCGAACUCAAGGGCCGUAUCAUCCUGCAGGAUCGCCCAGCUGUGCUCGAAACAGCAUUGGAUGUCAAUGGCGUGGAGUUGAUGGCUCACGACUUCCUCAUUGAACAGCCAGUACACAACGCCCGAGCAUACUACUUCCGCCAGAUUUUGCAUAACUUCGAUGAUGACACAUGCAUUCGAAUCUUACAAAUGCACCUACCCGCACUUCAACACAACCCUGAAAGCAGGAUUUACAUCGAUGAUAAGACACUACCCGACGACAAGCCAGAUGCUAGCACCCCAGGUGUUGAGUAUACCGCAGCGCUUAGCCUGGCUAUGAAAGCAAUGUUUGAUGCGCAGGAGCGACGAGAGAAGCAUUGGCGUUGGAUUAUCGAUCAAGCCGGCUUGGAAGUUGUGGAGAUCCGGAAGUUCACGAAGUUUGAUGACAGUGUUAUUAUUGCUAAGAGAAGGUAUCAGGAUCAAUGGCGGUAA